CUUCCACACUAUUAUUCCAACUACUACAAAUUUAAGCUGUAGCACUCUUGCCAUGACAAUAAAGAGGAGCAGAGAAACAGUGGAGACACUAGCCAUGGCAAAUUGUGUGGAUAUCUUAGAGAAGAAUAGUUCACUAGCACGUCGAUUUUUCGACUGCAAGACUUGUAAGAAGCAGUUUGAAUCCUUUCAAGCCUUGGGUGGCCAUAGAGCAAGUCACAAGAAACCAAAACUCAUAACAGCCGCAGAUCCAAUUAAAUCUAAGAUGAAGAAGCAUGCAUGCUCUUAUUGUGGCGAAGAAUUUUCUCUUGGACAAGCUUUGGGUGGACACAUGAGAAAGCACCGCGAUAAAUUCGGUCAUCAACUGCAGAAACCAAAGCUGGAAGAUACUUAUGGAUCUGCUGAAGUUGUAGAGGCAGAGAAAAAGAAUUCGGGUAGUAAAAAGAAUUUGUUCUUAGAUUUGAAUUUGACACCAUAUGAGAAUGAUUUGAUGUUGGGAAGUAUCCCGUUUACGGUAGUUCAUUCUUUGUUUUAGGGGCUUAGAAAAGUAACUAUUAGUUCUGUUUUUUUUCCUUAAGAUUUAUGUUGAUUCUGUGUUUACUAUGUAUAGAAAAUCCGAUAGAAAUUUUUUUCCAACUUAUAAACUAGUAAUGACAGAAUUAAUUAUUUUAGAGUAGCUAUACCAAGAUUUCUAUUGAUUUGUGGCUAUUCUGUAUAGAAAAUCUGUUACAUAUUUUGUCCAA